CAUCUAAACCCUAAUCACUGCCGCUCCGAGCGACCGCGCCUCCGCCCGCCGUCCGCCGCCCUAACACUGCCGACCUGUCGACUGCCGUCUGCUCAGCCGGCCAGCCACUAUCCGCCGAGCGCCCGACGGCCCGAGCAGGCGAGCAGCUCCGCAUCGCGCGACGUCCCAAGCAGGUGAGCAACCAGGGGCAGUAAAGGCGUUCGCGCGACGUCCAACAGUGCACCUGCGCGCGCGACGUCUCGCUGCUUUCUCCAACUCCUGUUCAGUAUCGCCGUUUCUCGCUUGGAGGUUGUCCUGUAGCGGGGACGACCGCCCAUUCCGGCGCCCGCUCUUCUGCUCCUCCUCGCCUUCCUGUUUCUGCUGCGGGGAGUUCUUCCGCCGCGAGCCGGGACACCGUCGCCGCCGGCCGCCCGCUGUCCGACGCGCAGAGCCUCGUGUCCAAGCGUGGCAAGUUCAAGCUCGGAUUCUUCCGUCCAGGCGGCCAAGCGGCCAGGCCAAUCCUCCCAGAGUCCCACUCCCAGGCUCCCAGGCUCCCAGGCGGCGUCCUCCUCACUCCUCUGUCCUCUCCCAGUCGGCCAGUCCCAGGCGGCACCACGGCACGGCGCACGGGCACCAGCAGGCAGCACCGGAGCAGCCGGCCAGUCGCCCAGUCCCACUGCUCCACCUCCACUCGCGCACCAGCAGGCAGUAGGUAGUAGGUAGCAGCCAGCUCCUAGGCAGCACCGCAGCAACCAGCAGGGAGGCACCGCGGCAGGAGGUAGAUGUCCUGCUGAAUAUAGAGGUAGAAUAUAACUGGUAUAGUGUUUACUUCAUAUGUCCUGCACUCCUGCUGAAUAUAGAGCUAGAUGUCCUGCUGCAUUUGUCACUAAUCACUAGGAAAUUUGUGGAUGGUUAACUUUCUUUGGCAUAAUACCAUUUGCAGGACCUCGGAACAGUAGCUAUAAACUCAAUGCUCAAUUCUCGGAACAGUAGCUAUAAACAGUAGCUAUAAAUUUGUGGAUGGUUUUAUUUCAGACAAGCACGACCACAAUCGGAUAGGAAAACUGCUUUAGUUUGGAUUAGUUCUUAAGACAAUUCAAUGCUCAAUUCUGGGUUUUUUUACUUAUUUACCUAUUGCAUAUGAAACUCGGUGGAUGUAAAUUGUAAUCCCUUUAUUUAGGCAUUGUUAUGUAACUCUAGUAUUUUGUGAUUCCAUUGUCAUAUAGAUGUCUUGUAUAUGAUUUAUAGUAACGGGUACCCGAAAUUUACCCAAACCCAAACCCGAAUUUGCGGGUACCCGAAAGUUCGGGUACGAGUAUGGGUUCUACUGCUGGAAACCCGAAAUCUAAAAAACCCAAAAAACCCGACCCGAAAUUUCGGGUAAACCCGAACGCCCAGUCCUACUGCAGACUGCUUGCUAAGUUGCUUUGCUCAAUUUGCUGCUUGCUAGCCUUCUACAGUGCUCCGGCUGCUUGCCUGGUUGCUUGGCUUUGGCUAGUUGGCUUAGUUGCUCGCGUAGUUGCGUUGGCCGCGUUGCUGCUUGCAGUUUCUGCUUGCUUUGUUGCUUGCUAUUUGCAAAUUUAGCUGCCCUGCAGUUGCAAAUUGCAAUAGAUUCAAGCUCAGCAAGGUCGGCAAAAAGAAAGGCUCUAGAAAGAGUUACUGAUUUGACAUAUAAUCUACAAGGAAUUCUUCAUCUAAGGUCGUGCUCCGCCACUGGGGAGGGAGGUGGUGGGGAAUGGCGGCGGCGACGCUCCGGUGGGUGCUGCAGCUGCACCGGGACGUACCGCGGGCAGCACGGUUCUACUCGGAGGGUCUCGACUUCAGUGUAAACGUCUGCACGCUCCGCUGGGCCGAGCUGCAGUCGGGGCCGCUCAAGCUCGCACUCAUGCACACCAACGACAGUAAUCUUGCAUCGCAGAGAGUCUAUUCUUCAAUGCUCUCCUUCACUGUACCAGACAUAAACAGUGCCGUAUCGAAGCUAAUGGCAUUGGGAGCCGAGUUGGAUGGGCCAAUCAAGUAUGAGAUCCAUGGAAAAGUUGCAGCACUGCGAUGCAUCGAUGGGCACAUGCUAGGCCUGUACGAGCCAGCUUGAAGAACUCGUGUCACAACGAAAGUAUUGAGAAGUUCCAUUAACCACUCACUGAAGACUGAUGUGUAUGUCCGGCAAAAGAUCUUUCCGCGUAAGACAACUUACUGGGUCUGGUGUGCAUGAAGUGGCAGAACUCCUUUUGUUAGCAAAAUCACGAGAGACACGGUGGAUGGUUUGCAGUCUACCAUUCUCUUCCUCGUGCUGCUGGUUAUGAUACACAUUUUUCUCGAACUGAAUGUGCCUAGCAGGUCGUCGUGGUAAGCUGAAGCCAGGUUUCAGUGGUCCUGCUCGGUCAUGGCCUUGCUUCAUGGCAUUGUGCCAGUACAUCUAAUUCAAGUUUCAGUUGUAGUUUGACUGACAUUACAUGUGUGCGUAGUUUCAAUUUGCAAUUCAAGUGCAGGAGUGCUCUGCCCCUGAUCAUCCAUGUAAUUGAAAUUCUUCUGUAAGCAUUUGUUCUGACAGUAUAAUUGUGGACCAUAAAGUUGCUAUUAA